UUGUGAACUAAGCGACAAAAUUAUUACCGACUCUUUUUUUUUUUUUUUCCUUCAUUUUUUGUUUAAUUAACAACGAACCCAAGAUUCUCUGUCCGAACUCUGAAGCUCCUUCCUCUUUUUUCCUCCUUAGACUUCUCAGGUUUCUAUUCACAGCAGAUCUCCAGAUUUUUUGGCAAAGGUUUUACAUUUUGUGGACUUCAGAGUGUAUUUAUUGAUUGAUUGAUUGAGAGCAACCACAAUAAAAAAACAAAUGGACUACCCGGAAAGUUAUAGGUUGACGUUUUAUGGAAUUUUGGUUGCUUUUAUGGAAUUAGCAUUUGCUUAUUGUCUUCUUUGUGUAUCGGCUUUCGUCUUUCUUACAUAUAAGUUGCUACUGUAUUUGCCUUGUCCCUGUUCUGGAGUUCUUGGGUACCAAAACAGUGAUCUCUGCAUCCAAAAACUUCUCUUUGAUUGGCCAUUCAGAAUCAUACUCAGAAUCCAGAAGCUAGCUACCACUAGACCAAGCCUUUUGCAUCAUCAAGUACAAGACCAAGAAGAGAAGAAUCCGUUUGAUAAAGAUAAAUACUUGGAAUUGAUGGAUAAAGUGAGGUUGUUGGAAGAAGCUGUUGAGGAAGAGAGAGUAGCCAAAGCUGCUUUAGUGGUGGAACUGGAGGAAGAAAGAGCAGCUUCAGCGUCAGCAGCUGAUGAAGCUAUGGCUAUGAUUCUGAGGCUACAAGCUGAUAAAGCUUCGCUUGAGAUGGAAGGGAAGCAAUACGAGAGAAUGAUUGAUGAGAAAUUUGCUUAUGACGAGGAAGAGAUGAAUAUACUCAAGGAGAUUCUUUUAAAGAGGGAGAAAGAGAAGCAUUUUCUGGAGAAAGAACUUGAGACUUACAAGCACAUUGAUGAGGAUGAUCAAGGGACGGAAGACGAUAGUUUCAAUGAGAAGAGAGCAAGCGAUGUUCUUGAGGAUAGAGAACCGGUUGUGUAUGAUGUUCAUGUCAUUGAGGAUAAUAAUAACAGUAAUGAUAAGGUGAGGGAUGAUGAUGUGGCAGAACACAGAGAUAUGAAGCAAAUGGAAGAUAUAGUGAACCAACUUCGAGAGAUAGUCAAGGAUCAUGAUUCAGUUUCAUCACCUACUUCAUCUUUCAUUCAUGGUUGAUUCUGUUUUGCUCAAUGCGUGUUUGUGUAGAUUUGGUGUAAUUUGUGAAUAUCAAUUGUAAAAAUUUGAAGUUUUAAAUGGGGUACUUUGUGAAUAUUAAUAAGGAUCCAUAUGAAACAACAUUAUUUUGAUUGAAAUAAGAACGAACAUAAAUAAAGCAUAUGUGUAGCAGAACAAUCGAGUAAUGAAAAGAGAGGCUUCUUUCUUUGACACUAA